AAAAGACAGACCAAACUUCAUCAUUGGUUCUUUCAUCGUUGAAAUUCCCAAGGUAAGCUUGGAAGGAAACUCACAACUGAGAGCUGACAGUUUCCUCCGUCAUAUUUGGACCAAUGAUUCAUUGUGUAAUUUGAUGAAUCAACCUUUGAUGUUAGUUGCUAUUUUGUUUUAGUUGCUAGACACUUUUGCUUUUAAUGCUAUUGCUAAAUUAGUUUACUAAAGAUUCUAAGUAUCUAAAUGUACUAAUGAGAGUCAGUGAAUGAACACAUAUAAUGCUAUUAUUUCAAUAGUAUAGAACAUUUUGUUUAGGACAGUACCAUGCACAGUGCAGUUGGUCAGGUUAAUUUAUAUAAUGGGGAGAUCGAUAUUAGUGGUGGGUACUUUAAUGUUGUGCUGUAGUGAGCAGGUAAAUGUUUGAUGUUUGACACCUUGCAUCAGUUCCAUGCUGGCAUAACCCACUGUAAAUACCAACUGUAAUCACUAAUAUCAGAUUCAAGAUUAAUUGAUGAAAAUCUCUCUCUCUCUCUUUCUCUCUUUGUCUCGUAUCAAACAGAAGUUAAGAUGUCUAAGCUGACAAUCUUAGCAGGUGACUACAUACAACUCAUCCACAGUUUACAUCAGGCACAAUCACUGCCCUUUGACAUAAAUGUUUUUUUUGGCUAUUUACACAGACAUUUGCUUUGCCUUUCAAAACUGCACUAUUACAUCAGUGCAGAUAAAAGUUAUCCUAGUGAGUUACUUAUGUAUUGACCUCUCUCUCUCUCUCUCUCUCGCUCUCUCUAGGCUUGUGCCUUGUGUUGUGCCAGUUGGGCGCUUCCAACUCAGUUUCCACCGCAGCUGCAGCCUCUCCCAAGAUGGUGUGCUACUUCACCAAUUGGUCUCAGUACAGACCAGACAAAGGGAAGUACAAGCCUGAGAACGUGGACCCCCACCUGUGCACUCACCUGAUCUACGCUUUCUCCAUCAUCAACAGCCGCAACGAGCUGGUCACCUACGAGUGGAACGAUGACGUCCUCUACAAGUCCUUCAACGCCUUGAAGAACAAGUAAGUGGCUCGCUUCACAACUUAUUAGUGUUGGUGUUGAAUGAGGAACUUAGUUUCCCAAUUGUCCAGGGAUAUUUCAUUGGUGUUGUUAUUAAUUUCUCUGAACUGGAGCUUGUUUUAAACAGAGGCUUAGAUUUUCAAAUUUACUUAUGUCCAAAGUUGCUGAAUAAUCUCAAACCCGCCUUUCUUUGCCGUCUCUCUGCAGGAACCCUCAUCUUAAGACUCUGCUGGCUGUCGGAGGAUGGAACUUCGGUUCUUCCCAGUAAGUACUUUCCUUAGUCAUGCCACAGGGCUAUGAAACACACCAUACAUUUGGCUUAAACACCCAUACUUAGGUUUAGAGUACAUCUUCAACUGUACCUACUGUAUCGUAGUGUUUGGCGGAAAGGGCGGCAAACCGAAGGGUUGCUAGUUCGAAUCCCCCGAGCCAACAAGAUUAAAUAUCUGUCGAUGUGCCCUUGGGCAAGGCACCUAACCCUAAUUGCGCCAGGUUUUCUGUUAAUAAUGGCAGACCCUGGUUGUGACCCCACUCCCUGAGGGUGUUUCAAGAAGAGUUGGGAUAUGCAAAAAACACAUUUCCAAUUCACACAUGCAUAGUAAUACACAUGUUGUACAUGUGUGAAAUAGCUGAAUUUACGUUGUCUGGAUGUGUGUUAACUAUACUAGGGGACCUGAAAUCACACAUUUAUCAUGUUUUACAAGCACAGUGAAGAUAAGAUGCUGUUCAAAGUGCUUUUGACGAAGGACAACACCACACGUUUGUGUUGUCAAGACAACUUUCAUCAUGACUACCAGUACUAUAUGACUACUGAUAUCUGUACUAAUUUACUUUUAGCACACUUUAGCAACCAUGGUGUAUUAUAUUAUGGCAUUGUGAUAAAACCUUGAUCCUCUCUCAGGUGUUCCAUCAUAGUGUUCUAGUAGUAAACUGAGUUAACCCAGAACUAAAAUCUCACGUAAUUCUGUCAGAUGCUCGAUUUAUGUUUACGUAGUCGGUCCAUGAGAGAUUAGCUAGUAGUGUAUCUGUGGAAGUAGUACAGUAGUAGGUAGUAUUUAGAAACCAUAUGGUGUAUUGUAAUACAGCCUUAUGAUAAAACUUUCUUCCUCACCUCAGGUUCUCCAUCAUGGUGAGCAUGCUGCCAACCGUAAGACAUUCAUCCAGUCGUCCAUCAGCUUCCUGAGGACUCAUGGCUUUGACGGGCUGGACCUGGACUGGGAGUACCCUGGAUCCCGAGGGAGCCCCCCAGAGGACAAGAAGAGGUUCACUCUGCUCUGCCAGGUGAAUGUGGCUCCUCCACUACACUUAUUAGUCAAUGGAAACAAUGUAGAUAAUGGUUUGGAUUUAUAUAGUGCUAUUCCAAGCAUUCAAAAGGCAUUACAAAAUACUGGGGGCAAACUACUAAUAUAUUUUCCCAAGCUCGUAUGGUUUCCCAUAAUACAUCUUUACUGUGUAUCUCCAACCCUUUCUGACCCAUGAUGCUUUGUGUGUGUACGUUUUACAGGAGCUUGUGGCUGCCUACGCAGCUGAGGCCAAGUCCACCGGCUAUGCCCAGCUCAUGCUAACCGCUGCCGUGUCCGCUGGAAAGGGAACCAUCGACUCUGGAUAUGAGAUUGCCGAGAUCGCCAAGUGAGUCUAGCGGCCAUUUUGAAUAUGAAUGUUUCCUGCAGAGAGGUCCAUCAGUUUAAAUAGUAAGCUCUUUAGCUUUAGAAACAGCUUCCAGGUGCGAUUUCUGUUCUCAAUAGUUAUAGUUUGUGUGUCAACUUGUGUGUGUGUGUGUCUCCAGGUCUCUAGACUUCAUCAACGUGAUGACCUACGACUUCCACGGAACUUGGGAGCGAUUCACUGGACACAACAGCCCACUCUACCAAGGAGCUCAUGACAAGGGAGACCUUAUCUUCUUCAACACGUAAGGAAAGAUUCCACACAGACUGACAGAAUGUUUAUCAGUGUGUAUAAUGAUACUUUUGGAGUGACUAAACCUGUAGAAGGAAGAAAGUAGUACGUUUAAAACCCUUCUCAUUCCAACCAUCUUCAUAAAGACGUGGGUACGCAGACUUACGAGCCACUGCUGCCCCUCAUGAUGAUUUCGGUUUUUUUUGUGUUCCCCACCCCCAUCAAAGUUGCUCAUCCCUGUUCUACCACAAUAAAUGCCCUAGCACUGCUGAAGUGCUAUAUUUCUCACCUCUCUCCCCAUCCCCCACUCUAUCCCUCCACCCCUUCUUUCUCUCUCAGGACUACGCCAUGAAGUACUGGAGAGACAAUGGCACCCCCAGUGGAGAAGCUGAACAUGGGCUUCGCCUCCUAUGGUCGUACCUUCCGCCUGACAUCAUCUGACAGCAGUGUUGGAGCACCAGCUAGUGGCCCCGCCUCCGCCGGGCCCUACACCCGCGAGGCUGGCUUCUGGGCCUACUAUGAGGUGAGAGCUGGGGGCCAAAAUAUUGAAACACUCAGGAUCAAAAUGUUAAGCAAAGUUAGAUAUUUGUUUUUCAUUGUUAUUCCAAGAAUGCUGUAUAAAAUCUCCCGUUUCAUGUGUUUGUUCAGAUCUGCACAUUUGUGAAGGGCACAACAGUUGAGAUGAUUGCAGACCAGAUGGUUCCUUACGCCUACAAGGGCAAUGAGUGGGUUGGCUUUGACAACAGGCAGAGCUACGAGACCAAGGUCAUUUUCAACUCAACAUUUACCAUGAUACUAAUUUAGAUAAGAAGACAUUCUUGCCCAGUCAUUAAAGUAGUCAACAAAGUAUAUGGGACGAUACUUAAGGUUUGUGAAAACUUGGGUGACAUAGCCUCUAAACAUAUACCCUUCUCUCUCUGUCUUUGUCUCGCUACCGUUUCUCUGUUCUCAUUCGAUCGAACAGGGUCCGCUACAUGAAGGAAAACAAGUUUGGCGGUGCCUUCGUCUGGGCCCUGGAUCUUGAUGCUUCGCCAACCAGUUCUGCAACGAGGGAAAACCCCCCUCUGCUGGGACAUCUCCCGGCAACCUUCUUGACAUCGGUAAGUCUGAUGUUUCAGUAAAGGGAAGAAAGAAACUUAUAUUCCAAAACUAAACUAAAAUGUAAUCUGAAGUAAACCAACUACUGGACCAGAUUAUCCACUGGUGUGAAGGGUGCCACAUGAUAAAUGCAGCAGAUUAAAUAAUGUCCAGAUUUUUCAUCACCUGUUUCAUACCUCAGCUCUGUCUCUCAUGGUAAAGUCCUCUCUCCUUUCUAUUUCCUCCCAUCCAGAGUUUGCCCCCUCUGCCCCUACCCCCACCCCCAAACCUGGCUCAGUCACCACCACAAAACCCCACCACUAAAACACACCCCACAACCCCCAAACACGCCCCCCCCCACCCCACCCCUGGGACCGGCUUUGCAACGGCAAGCUGAUGGCAUCUACGCCAACCCAGAGGACAACAACUCCUUCUACAUGUGCGCUGGUGGCAUCACUAGCCCGGGAAAAUGUGGCAGCGGCACAUCUUCGACGAAAGCUGCAUGUGCUGUGUGUGGCCUUGAGCGUGUUGUGAAGAGUGAGGGUGUGAAUUUAUGAUUUAUGAUUUUAAUUUGGACCCCAUUAGCUGUUGAAAAAAAAGCAGCUAUUCUUCCUGGGGGCCAUUAGCAUCAUUAAUGCUACGCUUUUAAGUGUUACUGUGGUGCUAAAAAAGGUUUUGGGUAAAAAUGAUUUCUGUGGACAAUGAUUGAGAUUCAUUUAGUUGAGAUUUGCAUUUUAGUUUAGAAUAGAAGCAUUUAAAUAAAAAAUAUUUUUCCUGCUUUA